AUGAAGAACCUGCUUUCUUCUGCCCUCGCCACCCUGGCAUUGGCCGCAGCUGCCACCGCAGAGCUCGCAGCCCCGUCCUUGAAGGUCGCUGCAGCCACUGGUACCCCCUCAGACACCCACUUCCCCGGAGAGUCGCUGCAAUUGACAGACGAUGUCUUGGCCGAAGUGGAGGCGGCCAUCCAGAACAAGUCGGUGUCCGAUCUGUUCAAAUUCGGGGACGCACAGACCGACUCGGCUGUUUCAAAGCGAAGCCGGCGCAGCUGCAAGACCAUACCAGGCGACUGGCUGUGGCCGAGCAACUUGGUCUGGGAGAUCUUCGAUCUCCUCCUUGGACGACGUCUGAUCAAGGCCGCGCCGCUCGCUGCUGCAUGCUAUCCUGACUGGCCUGAGUAUGACGCGCAGAAGUGCGACGAGAUCACUGCGCAAUGGUCCACCUCGGAUCUUCAUAUGGGAGACCCGACCUCUAUCAUGCUUCCUCUCUUUGAAGGGCGCACUUGCAUGCCUCCUGGAUCCAACUAUACCGACACCUGCAAGAUGGGUGGUUAUCCUUCUUACGUUGUGAACGUCACCAACGUGGCCCAGAUCCAGCUGGCUGUCAACUUCGCUCGCAGCCUGAACCUGCGUCUGGUUGUCAAGAAUACAGGCCAUGACUUCAACGGCAAGGCUGCUGGCAAGGAUGCCCUGUCUAUCUGGACUCACUGGCUCAAGGAUAAGAAGUUCUACCCCGAGUACCGCGCUGACAAUGGCUAUGUCGGCCCUGCGAUCAAGUUCGGCGCAGGUACCCAGGUCUGGGAGGCCAAUGAGUUUGCAAAAGAAAACCACGUCACAACCGUUGGUGGUGAGGCUGUCACUGUUGGUCUGGGAGGAGGCUUCACUGCUGGUGGUGGCCAUUCGCCCUUGUCUAGUAUGUAUGGGUUGGCUGCGGACCAGGUCUUGUCUAUGGAGGUCGUCCUCGCCAAUGGCCGCUUCAUCACCGCAUCGGCCACCAAGAACCCCGAUGUCUUCUGGAUGCUGCGUGGAGGAGGAGGCAGCACCAUCGGCGUCGUCACUUCAUUGACUGUCAUCGCUCACCCCCAGAUCCAGACGACCUCUGUCACUUUCAACUUCACAAUCAACGACUGCCCCAACGCUGAUGCCUUCUGGACCGGUGUCUCCGCAUACCUGGACAACUUCCAGCGCUUCGUCGACGCCGGCUCUUACGGCUACUACUACGUCGGUGCCUCCUCUAUCCUGAUCGGUACCGACUACGCUGGGUCAACAGACUACUACUUCCGUAUGCACUCAUUCAUUGCCCCGAAUAUGACAGUCGCCCAGACCAAGAAACUGCUUGCCCCGUGGUUCGACGUGCUCGAUAGUCAGAAUAUCACUUACACCCCGUGGUACAACCACGCUGACAACUACCACGAUGUCUGGGUUGCCGCCUUCCCACAGGAAUUCACCGGCUCGGCAAUGGUCAAGACGGCCUCGCGUCUGAUACCGCGGAGUAUAUUCACAGAGGACACCUCUCGAGCCAGCCUGUUCGCGGCCCACCAGGAUGCCAUAAAAAAUGGCCUCUUCAUCGCCGGAUUCCACAUCUCAGGCACCGGAAUCGCCAUGACACCACCAACCAACAACGCCGUCCUGCCCGCCUGGCGCGACGCCCUCGCCCACAUCAUCGUCGGCGGGCAAUGGACCGCAGACGCAAGCUGGUCCACCGUCUACAACACGUCCACAUUCGUGACGCGGUGGAUGGACAAUUUGCGGACCAUUGCGCCGGACUCGGGUGCCUAUAUGAGCGAGGCGGACUUGAUUGAGCCGGAUCUGCAGCAGGCGUUCUAUGGGAGCAAUUAUCCCAGCCUUUAUAGGUUGAAGCAGAAGUACGACCCCUCGGGACUGUUCUAUGCGCUGACGGCUGUGGGCGCGGAGGAUUGGGAGGUGCAGACGACUGAUCCGUUGCCUGUGUCGUGGAAUAAUAAUGGGAGGCUUUGUCCUGUAUACUAA